AUUUUUUUUCAUCAGUCAGGAUCAACACAACAUGAAGAGCGGCUGGAUUUCACUCUACGGGCUUCUGGCUGCGGUUUGUUCUGUCCAGGCGACAUACAGAUAUUACUCGACAUUACGAUGCGAUUGUAAUGGCAGAUCUCGGUACUGCCUCCCGGACGCCUGGGGUCUGCACUGCAUCGACUGUCAGGGAAACUACGAGGGACGCCACUGCGAGCGCUGCAAAGAUGGUUUCUACCAGCAGGAGGCGGGACUGAGUUGCUCACCCUGCCGCUGCAACCCUGCAGGUUCUAUCACCGCAACUUGUGACAGCAGGGGGCGCUGCAGAUGCAAAGAAGGCGUCACUGGAGAGAAAUGCGAACGAUGCCCCGACGGACCGAUCGGACCCGACGGCUGCUCGCAAAGGCGUCAGCUCAGAGAGGAUUCUGAGAGUUUGACUUUGCCGUGUUUCUGUUAUGGCCACAGCACGGUCUGUUCACCACAGUCUGGUUACUCCGUCUACAACAUCACCUCCACCUUCGCCGAUGGUCCGGAGGGUUGGAAGGCGGCGACUGUGCACGGCUUCACCCCUAACGACGUUCACUUCCGCUGGUCACCAAAACACCAGGACCUGGAGGUGAUAUCCAGAAACAGCCUGCCAAUUUACCUUUACGCUCCAGAACCUUACCUGGGAAACCAGCUGCUGAGUUACCGUCAGAACUUGUCCUUCUCGCUGCGUCUGGACCGCGGGGUCCGACACCCGUCCACCAGCGACGUCAUCUUGGAAGGCGGCGGUUUGAGAGUCACCACCUCGCUGGGCGACCUGCGCUCCAUCGUUCCCUGUGGACAGAAGAUCAAGUACAGCUUCAGGCUGGACGAGCAGCCGGACAGCAGGUGGAGGCCUCAGAUAUCUUCCUUCCAGUUCCAGAAACUUCUCCAGAACCUGACAUCCAUCAAGAUCCGGACCACGUUCGGUGAAACUGGACGUGGUUAUCUUGACAACGUGCAGCUGGUGUCGGCUCGGCCUGCGGAUGGGGUUCCGGCGCGCUGGGUUCAGGCCUGCAGCUGCCCGCCGGGAUACGACGGCCUGUUCUGUGAGCGCUGCGCGGCCGGAUUCAGGCGCCGGAGCCCCGCAGACGGAGCUUUCGGCCGCUGUGAGCACUGCAGCUGCACCGGAGGCAGUUGCGACCCGCAAACCGGAGACUGUUACUCCGCAGACGAGACGCCCGCAGAACGCAGCUGCUCGGAGGGUUUCUACAGAGACCCGUGGAGGCCGGACCGGUGCAUGAAGUGUCCCUGUCCGGACGGGGUGUCCUGCUCGGUGCCUGCUGGUUCUCUGGAGCCCCGCUGUGACCGCUGUCCUCCGGGAACCACCGGUCCUCGCUGUGACUCCUGUCAGGAGGGUUUCUAUGGCGACCCUACAGGUGUUGCAGGUGUGCAGCGACCCUGCAAACCCUGCAGCUGUAACGGACACAUCGACGUCAGUGUGGCGGGAAGCUGCGACCGAGUCACCGGAGAAUGUCUGAAGUGUUUGAACAACACGAGGGGACAGAGCUGCGAGUUCUGUGAGAGAAGUUACUAUCACAGUCGCCCCUCCGACGCCUGCAAAGCCUGUAACUGUGACCUUCGAGGCUCUGAGUCCAAUCAGUGCGAUGAUUCUGGUCGCUGUCGGUGCCGGUCGGGCUUCGAGGGUCUGAGGUGCCAACGGUCCAACUGUCCUGCCUGUUUCAGCCCCAUCAAAGUAAAGAUGGAGGGGUACGCUACCAAAGUGAAGGAACUAGAGACUCUGUUCUCAGAUAUGGACGGUGGUUUAAAACCAGCCAACAGCGCUGAGAUAGAAGCUGCUCUGAGAGCAGCUGAGGACGUGGUGGAUGACCUGCAGGACGACACGAAGCUGCUGGCAGAGAUGGAGAAAAGACUACAGACUCGCCUGUCGGCCAUCAGCAGGAGUCAGCUGUCCGAGGAGCAGGACAUCCAGAACAUCGCAGACAAAGCAGACGAUAUCAAACAGCAACAGCAGAUGUACAAGAUGAAGGUGGAGGAGGUCCAGAUGCUGACGGAGGAGAUGAAACGCAAACUGGACGAGGCCAAAAGCAAACUGAGAGCGGCUGAGCUUCCUCUUGGUGAUGCCCCACUGGGUUCGAACGCUUUGUCGUCUCUGGUGCAGACAGCUACAGAUCUGGCUGGCAAACAUCAGACACAGGCCAACAUUGUGGAGAAAACUGCCAAUGAGGCCCUGAGCGACUCGAACAAGGGUCUGGCUUUGGUCCGAACUCUCAUGAACAGAGAGAACAAAGUCAAAGAGCUCAUUGGAGAUCUGAAAACAAUGUAUGAUCAAACUUCUGCUCGGGUAAAGGGUUUGGAGGACCAAGCAGCCCGUCUGAGUGGCGAAGCCAAAGAUGAGAGUAAAGUGGCAGCCGGCAUGUUGAAAGGCAUCACCAGCAUGGAGCGAAACAUCCCGUCACCCAUGAAGGAGGAGGCGGACGCCAUGGUCUCCAGGUUGGAUGGAGUGAAGAAGGCUGUGGAUGACAACAUCUCUGGCUUUGAGGAUUUGCAAGGCAACGUGCAGCGAAACACGGCCGCUGCUGAGGAUCUGCUGGUCGAUGGCAAAGCUGCCCAAAAGGAGUUCGGCCAGUUGCUGGAAAGAGUCAACGCUGCCAAAGGCAUCACAGAGGGCGCCCUGCCACGCAUCAAUGGCUACACCAACGAUCUGCUCAACACCCUCAACACCCUCAAAAGCUUUGACCAGCAGAUUGACGGCAGCAAAUCUCUGGCUGACGCCGCCAUCAGUCGUCUUCCUGGCAUCAACAACACCAUCCAACAGGCUGUUAGAAACAACGCCGAGACACUGUCCGCCCUUGGAGACGUGUCCAAAGACUAUGACAGCGCACUGGGAGCGAUCAAUGUCCUGAGCAACCUGGUCAACAAUCUGGAGUUAACCACAGGGUCGCUGCCGUCUCAUGCCGGUUUGGCGAAUAAAGCCACCAAACUGAACGGGGAGGCCAAGGACCUGAAGCAGAAGGUUGACGGUGUAGCUGGAGAUCUGGCCUUGAAGCUGGAUAACGCUAAGAGGCUGGAGGGCAGCGCAGAGAAGGUGGCUUUUGAUGCGGCUGCAGCUUUUAACAAUGCCAGGCAGACCAGAGACACUGUUGGAAAAACACUGCAAAACAUCCACAAUCUGUUGGCUAGUAUGAACCAGCCUGAUGCUGUGAAUGAAGAGGACCUGAAGCGACUGGAGGACACACUUGCCAACGCUCAGAGAGACAUGGAGGGCAGUCUGAGGCCUCGACUCAAGGACAUGGAGCGACUGGAAGCCGCCCAGCGCAGCCGGCUGACUGGGAUCAAUCAGGACAUCGACACCAUCCUGGCAGACAUCAAUAACCUGGAGGACAUCCUGAGGUCCAUCCCCAAUGGCUGCUAUAAUAGCCCCCCCAUUGAGGAGGCCUGAGGGUCCUCAACUGCUAAGACUUGGUAACCUGCUCAGACUCUCCAGCUGCUGAGACUCAUCACCUGCUAAAACUCUUUAUCGAGACUUCUUAAUCUGCUAAGACUGCAACCAGCUCAGACUCUUUUUCUCGUGAGACCCUACCUGCUUAGACUCGUCAACUGCUGAGAUUUGAUAACCUGCUGAGACUCGUCACCUGUUCAGACUCUUUACUUCGACUCCUUGAUAGGUUGAGACUGGUUAACCCGAUGAGACUGCACUUGCUGAGACUCGGUAACUUGCUCAGACUCGUCACUUGCAGAGAUUUGUAAAUCUGCUGAGAUUUGGUAACCUGCUUAGACUCAUUAACCUGCUGAGACUCGUAAGUGAUAUGUUACGCCUUUAUAUUUCUGAUAAUGAUGUGAUGUGUGUUAAUGUAAUAAUAUUUAUAACUGUACAGACAGUGUCACUUUUUAACCUUUAUGAAUUCAGUGUUUUAAUUUGUUCUGUUGCCAAAUGUGUUGAGUCACUAUUGUGACUGACCAGCUGGAAUGUUUAUAAUUAUCCUGAAAGAUUUUAAAUAAAAGCUACUGCACUUUUUUCUGA